UCAAAUUCAUCAAAGAAGAUGGAUAAUUGAAAACCGAAAACCAACAUGGGUACAAAGUGUUUUUUGUUGUGCUUUCUGCUGACUUUGUCUUAUGCGACUCAUGCAAAUGCGCAAGAAGAGACUAAUUGCUACGGUGCCGGAUCCAUCGCUCUUAGUGUGAUUUUGACGUUUCUCCUAACCCUCUUAUUGGUCGGAAUAGGAUUACUUCUGCAGAAGAAAAUCAGAAAAAAAACAAACCACCUGAUAUUAGAAACCGAUCCUGAAAAAGGGAAAACCGAAUAUGCUUUCGAUAAUCCGGGAUUCAAAGAUGCGAGCUACUUGUCAGUUACCAAAACUCCGGAAAACAAAUCAGAAGCCAGCAAAUCGAAAUGGAGUAAAUGGUCUCCACUUUCGGCUUUAACUACCAAAUCUGAAAAAAGAAAAACAUUGGAUGAUAUGGCUUUAGAGGAAAAUGAAGCGAAAGUUGUCGCUCUCAGAGGUCACGAUUUCACAGGUUUGGGAUUCAACAUAUGUGGUAACAUGAAAGAAGGCAUUUACAUCAAAGAUGUCUUGCAUAGAGGCCCAGCUUUCGAAUCUGGAAAACUCUCACCGGGCGACAGAAUCUCUAGCAUAACCAUCAACUUGGAGCACAUGGUUUAUGAAGAUGCUUUAACGAUUUUGAGUUAUGCUAGUCCCUACGACGUCAUGAUCGAAGCGAGAAGCGGAAAAUCAUUCCAUAGCAAUACUCCAGGUCAAGGAGGCCAGCCAAGUCAUCCAGUAUAUCGGAGCUCUUCCUGCGCUGAUUUAUAUCAUGUGGAGAAAGCAGCGAAAAAGAGACUAUUUGGAGAGGAAUACGGCGGCUCACUAAGUUCAAAUUACUCCAGUUUGCAAAAAUCGGGAAGUAAUAUGACUACUCUGGAAAGAAGAGACUCCAAAUCGCCUUUAACCAAACAGACUCAUGCUAAAAAGCCAUCGAAACAUUUGAAUCCUGAACAACUGAAAAGUAAUUUAGAGCAACGUAUCUUGACCGACCACCAGCAUAAUCUUAGGGUGAAAGAUAGUACCCAAGAAGUCCAGGCUGAUACCCAAAAAAACGAGUAUAAUUUUUCCAAAUUCGGUAUUCGUGUAAUGCCUCUAGAAUUGCAACAGAAAAGUCCCAAAAGUAUGGAACAAAACGAGAAUAACAUAAACAUAGAAAAACACUUGGAAAUCAUGAGUAUUGACGAAGUGGACGAUUUGUGUAAACCUGCGCCUCCCGUCAAACGUCGCGAAAAAAAGGCAAUGGAAGCGCAGGAAACUUUUGAAAGGAACAGUUUGAACGGUUCUGGAAUCAAACGAAACCAAGAUGGUAUCCCCUUGGAAUUACCCCCUCAAAUGCUGAACGCUGCCAACGCUGCUCUCAAAAAUCGCAAAAGCCAAAAGGAAGGAGAUGAAGGUAAACCCAUUAGAGAAAAUGAAGUUGGAGAAUCAAGAGAAGAAGAGGCAAGAGCCAUCAGAAAAAAGGGUAAAGCGCCUUCUCCUCCUGAUGACCUCAAACUUCCCACUAACUUUGACGAGAUCCACUCCAUCGAAGACGAAGAGGCGCCGCCUAUUUUACCAGACUCUCAAUGGGAGUACAUCGACGUUAAAAGAGGGUCUCCUCAAGAGGACGCUAAGGCCUACAACUCAGACUCUGACUUGGAAACGGAUAAUCAAUCCUCCGUUAACACGAUAGAACUCAACUCUACAGAUAUAACCAUCCAUCAAACCGAAGAAGAAGAACGUCAGAACAGGAAAACGGUGAGCACCGGAGAUCUUUCAAAAAUCAGAACCAAAAAGUCUGUUAAUGGGCUUGAGAGAGCACAGAGCCUGGAUAUAUCCGACCCGAAACAUAAAGGCGGAAGAAACAGCGAUGAGGAUGAUCCUAUUUUGAACAGAGAACCACGUCUGUCGCUAAUUCUUGACGGUUUGAACACCUUCCAACGGAAUAGACUGAAGAAAUCUACUGAAUGGGGUAAUCUGGAAGAUGCUAUUAUGAAACUGGACCACGAGGAUCAUAGUUUGAGUAACGAAAGCUCGCAGAUGUUAGAUAUAUCGAGUGUAAGCGAAGAGACUCCGGAAUUUGACGCGUUGGUGAACAAAAUCAAUGAAAUUAAAAGAGAAUCUGGAAAUACUAACUCGCCUGACAGAAACGUACAGGAAACGAAUGUCCAGAAAAUAGUGGAAAAUCUUAUUUGGCCUAGUUUGGGUUCGCAAGGAUCUGAAGAAAAAGUCUAUGUAGUGAGAGCCGAUAAGCUCAAUAGACAAGUUCAAAGAGAGGGAACUGCAGAAGAAUCUGCUGUAAUGGACGAAAUACCUGUUUUUGAAAACCCAAGUGAUGAGCUCAAUUUUCCAAAAGAAAAUGUGGUACCCCGCAAAGUAAAUAACAGAAUAUUUGAACCCUUUGAAAAUAACACAGAAUUCGAAAAUGUGAAUACCAUCAGUGUUCCGGAAUUUAAACCUUCAGAAGAUUUCAGUAAAUCAAAAACACCCGCAUUACAAAAAGAGAGCCAAUCAAAAAAUUCCGUUAAAUCUUCUAUUGUGCCAAAUAGAAUAAGUAGUCGACAAAGAGUGCCUGAAGACAUUCCCCUUCUGCCGCCAGAAACCCAAUCUGAGCCAAAUCAAGUUCAGAAUAUGACAGAGACUGGAAUUACCAACACUUCUCCAUCUCUGCGACUGGAAGAUGAUUCGCUUGACAUCAGAGGGGAAUGUCAAUCUACAGAGGUCCGAACGUCUUCCAAUAUUAAAUCAGAGGAAGUUCUCUCAAAAAUUCCGCUGCUAAACUCCAUGGUGAAAAACCAAAAGGAAGCAAUACAAAAUACGCUCGUCGGCAAUAAUAACACGGAUGAGACUAAGACUGCGGUGACCCUUAAUAUCCAAUCUUCACAACCGGACUUGCUAGACAUUACUCAAAACUUUUUGUACACAGAACAGCUGAACUGUAAUCAAGACGAUUAUACAUACUCCUCCAAAGGCACAAAUAUUCCGGACGAUAUAAAAGUAUCUCGGCACUCAUAUGGAAGUUUGGAAAGAGAGAUAGUUCCAAAAUCGGACGACGCGAAAUCCAAAGAUUUUCUAAAGCAUGUAUGUAAUGUAAAUGUUAACUCGAAUGGAGACACAGAGUUACACAGUCUAGAGCUUAGCAUAAAUGAUCCAAGCGAACUAUAUACCACAGCUAUGGACAGUACUGCAUUAAACUCUGAUAUGAUAAAAAACGCAACCCUUAAGGAAGUCCUGACUGCUUUGAAAGAUGAUGGCGAUAGUGUAGUAGCUGAUGUGUCUAAGGACAAUGAAGAGCUAACAGGAGGUCAGUUCUCUUCGUCAACUAAGAUCUUUCCGCUCGACACCCCUGACAACUCCGUAGAGAGUUCUUCAUUUACGUACAUCACCGAGAUCCAGGUUACUCCAAAUACUAGUGCAGAAACUAAUAUUUCAGAGAUACAGAUAAUUCCAGAAGCAAAGUCCAAGAGAAAUUUAGAUACAGAGUUUGAGAACUACGUAAAAAGUUUUGACUCAAAGCUAGAAAGCUUCGAGAGCAAUAUCCAGGAGUUCGAUAAGAAUCUGGAAGAAUUUAUCAAUGAAGAACCUACUAGCAUCAUAGUAAACGAGCAGGUUGAUGAGAACGAGCUGCACAAGAUUCAAGAGAUUGCGGAGCAACAGUUGAAAAAACUGCCUGAAAUGAAGUUCACCACUGCGAGCUACGAAUCGUCGAGGAUACCCGAGAAGCGACAGUCGCAAAUCGAGCUGCUCAGAUCUAACUUUGAAAAGAGUCCGCCAAAGACUGGCAAACCGGAAGUUGUCGUCAAGUCGCGAAUUCCUAUCUCGACAUCGGCAAAGACGCCUCCGACUUCUCCUGAGAGGCGCGACUCCCACAACUUAGAGAUGGAGAACGACAGAGCUCUUCUUGAGUUGAUGUCAUCUUCGGUUAGUUCCACGCCAUACACUACCUCAAAGUAUCAGACAAAACCACUCAGUAAAAAUGUGACCGUUACGUCAAUAAGAAGUAAUUCAAAAAUUCCGUCAGGAUUGCCUACUCUUGGUGGAAGCAGAGCGUCUUUUACUCCUCGGAAGAUCGAGUUGGGCGACUCAAAUGUGGUACAGGUGGCUUCAAAUGGAAAUUUGGAGAGCACCUUCAAGCAAUGGGUUUUCAACCCAUCCAAUGUGACUAAUGUCAUAGUCACUAAUAAUAAAGAGAAGUAAUGUUGUAACUCAGUUUUUGAUAUGGUGCAAUUAUUAUGCUCAAUUAUAGAUAUUACCUACAUAUUGACUGUGGCAGUCUUUGAUCUCAUUCAGUCUAACCUGAAGUUUUAACUAAGAUAGUAAUAACUUUCUUAGCAGCUGACUCUAGAAGUAUUGCAUUCAAUUUGGGAUAAGUAUUUGUUUUAUAGAGAAUUUCAAAAUUGAUCCCAUAGGUCCAGCAUUCUUUUAAUCAUGAUUCAUAUAAACGGGGGUCCCAAUAUUAAGUUUAGAGUAAUUCAAUAUCCUAAAAUUUUAUAUGAAACUGCAGAAUUUUUAUACUUAUUAAUAUUGAAAGUAUUUUAACUUUCUUAGCAGCUGAAAAGGUAUAUAUUGAAAUUAGAUCGAGGACUGAACAUUUGUUAACGUAACAUUUAAGCAAUAAACUGUUUUUCAGUUAACGAGAUCACUCUCAGAUAUACCCUAUAUUUAAGAUUUUUAUAUUGAAAUUGUUAACGAUUUUAUGUACAUACUGUAAUGAUAUAUGUUUUUAAAAGUUAUUGUUGAAGGUUCUACAAAUUUUAAAGGUGCAUAACAUAUUUGUAUAUACUAUGAUACUUGAAUAAACUUUUUUUUCCAUGG